GUUCUCGAGUGCCGACUACCGAUUAUCGUCUACCGAUUUUCCUCCUGACGAUCGUGUCACGUGCUUUCAUUAAUUUUGUAUUCGUCUCUCGUGUUCUCUUCUCUUGUUCUUUAAAUUCAAUUAUCCUCCGUUCCCUUCCUCCAUAUACACAACAGCAUCAAUUUGACAAUAAAAUCUCUGAUACAAAAAAGAGAAAAAAACCGAAAAAAGCUUUUACGUGAAGCGAAUAUAAACAAAUAACAAUCAAAAUUGUGAAGGCUUGUUUUAAAAUUUAUAACGCAUUAUUGGAACAAAAUUGCAUUGAAAUCAGUUUGCGGUUUUUGAUAUACAUAUAAACCGUGAAGCAAAAAUUGAUAGUGCUGGAAACUAAUGGAUAUUUCUAUGCCAUGUAGAUUGUCAGGGUUUCGUGUGAAAUAAUAAUACGAAAGGCAAUAUUAUAAGGAUUCAUGUACUAUAAUUAAUAAAGAAUGAAACUUUCGAAACGUGAAAUUUAAUAGAAAAACAAUAUACAAACAAACAAAAUUAACAAUAAGUAAAAAAAAUUGUCCAAAAGUGUCGUCUUUUUCAUGAAAUUCAAAUUGUUAAACCAAUCGUCGUUAUCAGCUUCCAAAGAGUCUUAUGCUGAAGGUGAAUUCUAGAGGAAUGAGGAAAUGAUCUUCAAUUAAAAAAAUCGAACACGGAAGAAGUGAAUCAGAACUUGCUGAAUGUGUAUAGUGAAGUGUUUUUUGUCUCCAUUUUCUAAGAAAGAAGAAUAAGGAUAGGGAGGAGAGAAACUAAGGGAGAUAUCUGAGGAAAGUUUAAACAAGAAAAAUGGAAAAAUACUACCUUUCCGUGGGAAUGGGGAUCCUCUGCCUUUGUAGUGGAGUAUUGUCACAAUUCAGGGAAAAAAAUAUUAGCACCGAGACUGAUGCAGUUCAAGCGCUUUUGGCACGAUAUCUUCAACGUCGUCUACAAGGCACACAAUUUUCCACACCACCACCGCCAGCCGUUUUAUUCAGUACAAAUCAUCAAUCUCGAAUUCGUACGACACCUCAAAAAUUUCUCAAUUCUCAAGAAAAUAAUGACGAUCCACAGAAAGAACGACGAGAUCGGCGAGAUGACUAUGAGGAUUAUGAGGAUGAUCUUCAAGGAUUUGAAGAUAGUGCCAAAAGCAGAACAAGGAUCGAUCUUCUUGCCGACGAUUGUCCAAAUUGUGUUGAUGAAAAUGUGGGUAACUUGGCAGUUUCGAGAUGGACGAUGCCGCUUUUGAAACUAGGCGAGAAAAGAUAUUACCUGGGGAUCUUUUUCAAGGCCAAUUGGUACAGAGCAUCUCAAUAUUGUCGAUAUCAUGGAAUGCAUUUGGCGAGUAUUUCAUCGCAGGAAGAAAAUGACAGGCUAGAAAAGCACAUAAAAGAUUUUGGACUUGGUCAUGAACAUUUUUGGACUUCCGGUACCGAUCAGGGAGAGGAAGGAACCUUUUUCUGGAUGGCCAAUGGUCGACCAAUAACCUUUGAAAAUUGGAACGUUGGCGAACCCAAUAACUUCCGAUACGAAAAUGGUGAAGAGGAACACUGUUUGGAAUUAUGGAACAGGGAUGGAAAAGGUUUAAAAUGGAAUGACAGUCCUUGCAGUUUUGAAACGUAUUUUGUCUGUGAAGUUCAGUGAUUGUGAUUGAAUGCAAAUAAAAACUAAAAGUACACUCAAAAGAAAUCAAAGAAAGUUUGCGAAAGAAAAAGAAUAAAAAUAAUUUUUCUUUUUUCAAUUAUUUUAUUUAUAUAAAAUAACAAAAUGAUCUAUGGAUUGAUAUACUAAUAGAUAGUCAAUAAUCUUAAAUGUGUGCCAGCAUUUAUUUACAGAUACUAAAUGCCAAAUUGAAAUUUUGGUAAAUUGCAUGCAAAAUAUAUAAAGUACCAUUCAUUCUAUCUUGUAAUUUUUUACCAUUUGGGUGAAUGUUAUUAUUUAUAUGUUUAUAAUAUUAAAUUAUUAAUUAAUUUAAUAAAAAUUAAUUAAUUAUUUAAUAAUAAAAAUUAUAAUGACGUUACAAUGUAUGCAACGUUACAAUUUUCGUAAUGAUAUUAUACAAUAAUGUAAUUCAAUUCCAAAUGUAAAACGUUUGCUUUAUGUAUAUUUAAGAACUCACACCACUGCUAUUUUAGUUUUAACCCCUUCACUGUUAUUGACCUCUAUAGAGGCAUAAAAAUGUCGUGCCACCAGUGUGCAUGACCGCUAUAGCGGCAUCUCAAAAAAAAUAAGUAGACACAAAAUAUGAUAAAUUAUCGAUAGUUUACUUCAUUAUUUUAAUAAUCGUUUACUUCAUUAUUUUAACAAUACAAUAAACUUGUCAAUGGGUAUUCAUAGAUUUUCGGGUUUUUUUUAAUAUUAAUUUUAAAAAAAAAAAUUUUUUUCCCACAUACGGGGCACUGAAGCUUUAUUUUUGCUACACUGCGAAGGGGUUAAUUAUUACCAUGAAAUUUAAUUUCCAAAUCAAGUAAAUUAAUUUUUAAAAUUGUAAAAAAGUUAGAAAUUUUCUAAUUGUAAAUGACUGUACAGUGAUUUGGAAGAAGUGUUUAAAAUUCAGUCUGUAUAAAUUCUCCGAGUUUCAUAUCAUCAAGUAGAUUAACCAGCGCAAGAUCAAACGUCUUUUAAGUAUUAAUUAAAUAGUAAAGUACAAUGUCAGUAUCCUAUUUUAAUUGUAAUUGACUGUUUUAAGAAUGUAACAUAGAAUUUAAAUAUUUAAUUAACAUCAUUCUGCAGUUUUCCUUGAAUAUAUAUUAUAAUAGUUUUCUGCCUGUUUUUUGCUGCACUCGAAAUUUAUCUGCAAGAACCUUAGUCAUAAAAUAAGGCGAUGUGACAACACAUUGAUCGUACUGUCUCUCUUAUAUAUUAACUGACGUUGAACGGUGAAAUCCAAUUCUUUGUGUAAAAGCUUUUUAAAAUUGCCAACUUAAACAAUAUUGAAACUUUCUCAUCCUAUAAAUAGUUAUUGUGUCUAGUAAUUAAAUCGCUAAUUAUAUAUAAUUUUUUUCGUAGAGAACAUGAGAAAAAUGAGAAAAUUGUAUAUUUGUCGUCGACGAAAAAUCAUUGAAAAUAAAAUUAUUUAUAUCGAAA